CUGAGAGAAGCUGAGGGGGCGGUGGCGGCGGUGGGGACAACCGCGCGUGUGCUCAGCUCCUCACGCCGCGGCCAGGGCCGCCUUCUUCCUCCGUCCCUCCCUCUCUCCCUCCCUUCCGCCCCCGUGUGCAGCGGCACCGCCUCCUUCCGCGCCGCGCGGCUUCCUCCAGACCUCUCAGCGCGGGUGAGCUCUGUUCCCUAAGGCAGUUGGUGCUGACCCUGUAACCCAAAAGAGGAAAUUGCUGGCUGAGCUCAGCCUUGGUACUGGUGAGUGAAAGUGGUCACCAUGUCCUUGAAGAUCCAGACAAGCAAUGUAACCAACAAGAAUGACCCUAAGUCCAUCAACUCUCGGGUCUUCAUUGGAAACCUCAACACAGCUGUGGUGAAGAAGUCAGAUGUGGAGACCAUCUUCUCCAAGUAUGGCCGUGUGGCCGGCUGUUCUGUGCACAAGGGCUAUGCCUUUGUCCAGUAUGCCAACGAGCGCCAUGCCCGGGCAGCUGUGCUGGGAGAGAAUGGGCGGGUGCUGGCCGGGCAGACCCUGGACAUCAACAUGGCUGGAGAGCCCAAGCCCAACAGACCCAAGGGACUAAAGAGAGCAGCAUCUGCCAUAUACAGUGGCUACAGCUUUGACUAUGAUUACUACCGCGACGACUUCUACGACAGGCUCUUUGACUAUCGGGGACGCCUGUCGCCAGUGCCAGUGCCCAGGGCGGUCCCUGUGAAGCGACCCCGCGUCACAGUCCCCUUGGUCCGGCGUGUCAAAACCACCAUACCUGUCAAGCUCUUUGCCCGCUCCUCAGCCAUCACCACUGGCUCAGCCAAGAUCAAGUUAAAGAGCAGUGAGCUGCAGACCAUCAAGACGGAGCUGACACAGAUCAAGUCCAACAUUGAUGCCCUGCUGGGUCGCUUGGAGCAGAUUGCCGAGGAGCAGAAGGCUAAUCCAGAUGGCAAAAAGAAGGGUGACAGUGGCAGCGGCGGCGGCGGCAACAGCGGUGGUGGCAGCGGCAGCAGCAGUGGUGGUGGCAGCAGCCGGCCACCGGCCCCUCAGGAGGACACAGCUUCUGAAGCAGGCACACCCCAGGGAGAAGCACAGGCUCGAGACGACGGUGAUGAGGAGGGGCUGCUAACACACAGCGAGGAAGAGCUGGAGCACAGCCAGGACACAGAUGCGGAGGAUGGGGCCUUGCAGUAAGCAGCCUGACAGGAACAAUGGCCACUGGCAGAAGGGUGUGCACUGUACCAGACCUCAAGCUGGGCACCACCCCCCCUCCGGGUGCCAUCCCCAGCAGGUCCCAGAGGAGAGCUGGCAGCAGGCACCUUCUCCCUGACACAUCUCAACCAGUGCCACAUUCUCUGCAGGUGGAGUUAUUGGCAUCCCCUCCUCACACACCCUCCCUGUUGGCACUGCCCAGGCGAGAGGGCAGAGUACGGAGUUUCCCCACAGUCUGCCUCUCUUCCCCAGGACACUCCCACCUUGGGGUUUUUCUAUAGGUUUGGAGGGGGGGUGGGGGCACAGGGAGGGGACCCUGACAAUAAAGAGAUUGGAUCCCAA